AUGACUGCAACUGCAAUUCCCACCACGCAGCGGGCCGUGGUCGUCGGUGCAGCGGACGGCAGCGUCGAGCUGACCGAGAGCAUCCCGCUGCCCGACAUUGAGCCCGACGCGGUGCUCAUCAAGGUCGCCGCCGUCGCCCUCAACCCCGUCGACACCAAGAUGAUGCCCGGCUUCCUCGACCCCGGCUGCGUCCUGGGCCUCGACUUUGCCGGCACCGUCGUCGCCGUCGGGCCGGACCAGCCCGCCCACCGCAGCCUGCGCGUCGGCGACCGCGUCCUCGGGUGCACCGACGGCUGCGACCGCCGCCGGCCGCGCGUCGGCGCCUUUGCCCAGUUCACCGCCUGCCGCGGCGAGAUCCUCAUCAAGAUGCCCGACGGCCUGUCCUUUGCCGACGCCGCCGCCAUGGGCAACGCCAUCUUCUCCUCGGGCUUCGCGCUCUUCCACUCGCUGCAGCUGCCGGGGUCGCUCACCGCGACGGCGGAACAGGCCCGAUGGGUGCUGGUCUACGGCGGUGCGACGGCGACAGGCACCAUGACGCUGCAGUUCCUGCGCCGCGCGGGACACAAGCCCAUCGCCGUGUGCUCGGCCAAGCACUUUGACCUGGCGAGGCAGUACGGCGCGGUGGCGGCGUUUGACUACAACUCGGAGACGCACGUCGAGGACAUCCGGAAGCUCACCAACAAUGCGCUCAGCUUCGCAUUUGACUGCGUGACCACCCAGUCCAGCGUGCUGGCCUGCGAGGAGGCCAUGGGACGGCUCGGCGGCCGCUACACCGCCCUCGAUCCCUUUGACCAGACGCUGGUCCGCCGCAAGGCCGUCAGGCUGGACUGGAUCCUGACGCUGUCGCUGAUGGGGCGAGGCUCCGUGUGGCCCAAGCCGUUCGGGUGCGAGCCAGACGAGGCGCUGCUGAGAUGGGGCGUGCGGCUGGCCGAGGUGGCCGAGUCCGUGCUGGCUGGAGAUGUGCACGCGCUCAAGCCGCACCCGCUACGGAUCAUGGAGGGUGGCCUGGAUGCAAUUCCGGAUGGCAUUGUCGCAAUUCGGCAAGGCCAGGUUAGGGGGUUCAAGUUGGUGUACUUGCUUUAG